CAGAAAAACGACAAAACAAAAAAAAAUUCCAAAGGAAAGUGAGCUCUCUCCCCGUUUCUGUACACAAGGAUUUAAAGUGUCUCUCUUUACUUUCUCUUAAAUCUCUAGAUUUUGAUCGUAGCUACAUUACUCUUUCCCAUGGCUGCCCCUGAUGAGGACCAACGGUUUAUUAAGCCUUUCAUCUCACAUAAGUCAGCUAAAUCAUUGGCGAUUCCGCUGGCCUUCAACGAAUACUUUCCGGAUCCAUUGCCAAAUACAGUGGAGCUCCUAGACUACUAUGGGAGAUCCUGGACGAUUAGGAUGAAGAAGAGAGGAGAGACGGUGUUUUUAACUGUUGGUUGGGAAAACUUUGUAAAGGAUAACGAGCUUGAAGACGGUAAGAUGAUGGAAUUCAUCUAUGACUGCGACCGGACCUUUUAUGUUGUCAUAUUCGGUCAUGGCGGGGUUAGCGAGCUUAGAGUCUUUCCUCAAGCCGUAGUAGAUGUUGGUGACUAUGCAACAGGCGAAGAAGAAGGAGAGGAAGAGGAAGAGGAAGAGAAGAACAAGAGUAACUGAAACUUGAGUCUGUAUCAUCCACGUAGGGAGAAACAAAUGCUGCUUUUGAAGUUAGUUUAUCAGUUUAUUUAUUUAAAAGUCUUAUGUAACAAGAUGUUUAAUCUAAUGAACGAACACACUUUGUUGUCUUGCUAUAAAUCCUUGUUUUUAACGGUUUA